AUGACGGUGUGUCACUAAUAAAAUUAUUUAAUCUAGUUAUGCACAAGUAUUUAAAGCAAGAGAUAUGCUUACUAGAGAAAUAGUGACAUUCAAAAAAAAUCAAAUUUAGUCACCAUAUUGAAAAAGACAUCUAUUCAAGAAUGUAAUUGUUAAUUUUGCCUUAUCCAUCCUAAAUAUGUUAAAGACUAAUUAAUAUUUAUGGAAUAAAAAAAGUAAUUAUGGUAAUGCAAUACAUAUGAAAUAUAAGUUAAAAGAUUUAGUAGAAAGAUCCAAGUAUCAAUUCUCUAUUUCUGA